UUUAAAUCAAUUUUUUUUUUUGAUUGAUAACAAAAAAUUUUAACUUUCCUGUUUCUCAUUUUAUUCCAAAUCACAAGAAUUAUGUUGAAAAAAUUUGUCCCAUUGGAUAGUGAUGUUGAACCUUCUCGAACGCCCUACAACAUAAAAACUUUUAAAGGUUCGGAUGAAAUUCCAAGACCUAUUAAUAUAGAUCCUUGCAGUUACGAAGCACCUCCAAAGCGAUGCAUACCCGGUAAAACUGUGACAAUUGCACCUAAACCUAUUACAGUCGAAGAAGCAAUUUUUCGUUGGUUUGAAAUACCUCAAUACCCCAAAUCCCAAAUAUCAUGUAACAAAAGAUGCCAACAAUUCGAAUCAUAUACUGCUUGCGUUAUGAAUCAAAGAAGCCCAAAGACCUUAAAACAUCAUGCUGUUAUAAGAGAAAAAUAUCUGAAAACGCAAACAGAUGCAAACGAAAAAGUUCAUGACGGGCAGGGAGAAUUUUCAAAUGGAGCUAGUUUGAUUCAAAUGGAAAGCCUUAUGGUCGACGAAGGAGAAGGAGGACUUAAACCAAUAUUAGCAAGUCCAGCAUGUAGUGUGGAAACAUAUUAUGUGCCUUCCAGGAGAUUACUCGACCUAAAACGUCCAAGGAGUGGCAUUUUCAUAAAUGAAACCCCUCAUUCACAUGGAAGUGAUAUCCCUUAUGAAACAUACAAUCCACGCAAACUUCAAGAGAAACUUGAAAAUGAAGAAAGACAAAAGUAUAGACUUUUAUCAGAUGGUGAUAGAUAUUAUUUUCCCUGGAUGAAAAAACAUGAAGUUGAAAUGGAAGAUAUGAAUUUAAAUAAACGUAGUGGCAUUCAUGAAGAACUUAGCUUUUUUAAACCCGUUAUAUUUCCGAUUCCAAGUGACUUGGAGAAAACUUUUCGAGCUGCUGUAGUUUUUGGUAAUGAGGCCAUAUCAUCACACGAAGCAAAUAUUAGAACUUCAAGACCUGUAGAAAUAGCAUGUUUGUAUGUAGCUUAUGUCGGAUCAUUUUCUAAAAAUCCAGAUUAUUGGAGUGCUCAAACAAUUGAUUCUAUAAUUCAUAGUGGAAUUGAACUUUUCCAUAAGAGUAUCGAUAGAAAAUAUGAAAAUCUCACUUCUGAUUUUGAUAUAAUUCCUGAAUUGACAGAAAAGCAAGCUACCAUCGAUAUAAAAUUACACCUAACCGCUUCACUUACAGAAGAGCCAAAUAUUUUAAAGGCUCUUACCUUGUUCUUUGAUAGAUUUCAUGCUGGGAUCUUGUGGGUCGAAAAUCUUUAUUUCCUAAUAUGGAAGCGCUGUAUGGAUACUUUUUAUAUUUUCGAUCCCAAUGGUCGUGAUAUGGAUUGUAAACGGAACUCAAUCGAAGGCAAAGCUUCACUUAUGGCAAUUCAAACUAUUGAACACAUUGUACACUUGAUUUUGAACUACAGUGAAGUUGAAAGUGCAGCAGAUUUCAACUUGUAUGAAAUAAAUCUUAAAGACUUUGGGAAGCUAUCUAACCCUAUGAAUUUGCAAGUGCUCAAACUACCGAAGAAACUAUACGCUGUAGUUAAUCGAUUUUAUUCGAUAAUACCAGCCUUAUCAGGUCUUCCAAUUUUAUCUGGGGGUAAACCUACUGAUGACAACCCAUCGUUAAUGACAAGCUAUUUAGCUCUUGUUUAUAGCCAAAUAGAUCCACCAAGAGAAUGGACAGUUCAGGUUAUUGAUGAUCUUAUAAAAUUUGGCAAGAAGUACCACAACGAUUUCAUUUGCGAUAAUCGAUUAAAGAAACUUAACAUUGCCGAUUUACCAGAAGUAUUGCUCUUUGGAAAUUAUCGAGUGCUGGUUGAAAAGAAAGCUUUUGUUGAAUCUGGACAUGUGGUCGAUUGUAGAUCCUAUCGAGCCUCUCAACUAACUUUGGCCUUAAAAAAUUUCCUACUUAACUACAAUUUCGGUCUAUUGGAAGUUGAUUCUUCGAUAUUUGGGCUUUGGAAGGAACGAAAUAUGUUUUUCGUUUUUGAUCCAUUUAAACGAGGUCCAGCAGGACAGGCUGGCAAUUUUUCUAAAUCGGGAACUGGAUGCCUUCAAAUUCAUUUAAAUCUAAAUUCUCUAUGUCGUAUGAUGUUCAUCAACUCAAUAUCAAUCAAAACUGAUGGAAACUUCUUUCUUCAUGGAAUUCGCGUAAAGGCUGUUGGGACAUUCAGCAUCAAUCGAGCAUUUAAAGACUCUACUGGUUUUGGGACACUUCAAAUCAAGUACCCAUUCGAUUGUGAAGCGAUUCUUGAGAAAAAAGACGAAAAUCAAAAUAAUGAAGAAAAAUUACCUAUAAGCUCUUUCAAUCGUUCAAUAGUACAAUGUCUUUCCGAAUUGAGUGUAAACCCUUGUCAGAGAAUCUGCUCAGAACAAGACUUUAUCUUGGAGCAAAAGAAAAUGGCUUUACGAAAGAAACUUGUCCGUAAACACAGUAUUGAAUCGAUUCCUGAUCAAUAUCGAAUUCCGGAAUUCGAUGACAUUGACGUUAUCGAUUCUGUGGUGGGGGAGCUCAUGGAUGAUUUAAUGGACAAAAUUCAACAAAAAACUGAAAAGAAGACAAAGGCUUUCCUAGAAGCCUCGAAGAUUCUUCUUCAGUCAGAUAGGAAACAUUUGGAAGAUCUAAAAAUGAGACUAAAGCGUGGUGAAGACUUCGAUAACAUAUGUUCAGAAUUUCAGUCUAAAGCAAGUGCCAUUCCAAAAAUGACUGCCGAAGAAGAACUGGCAAUUGAGUCCAAUUUCAAACCACUACCAGAUGGAAGUUGGGCAAUAUUUGGCCGUGAAACUGACUUGGAUCUAUCAAAAGGAUCAUUGAAAGGUAUUCUUUCAACAAUAACUGCUGCAGCACUAUCUUCAAAGUAUAAAAUAUCAACAUGGAGUAGUGAUGUUAUCGAUUAUGCUAUUGAGUCUUGUGAUGUCUUGGAAAAACGCUUUUGGUCAUACAAUCAUACUCUGGACUUGAUUUUCCGAAAACAAAUGCCAAAAAUACAACUUGGCAGUACAACUUUUCAGAUAAAAGUCAUCACAACCAAAACGGUUCAAUCGGAAAGAUUAAAAAUCGAUGUAGAAAGUGGACUCUCAAAUGUUAGCAGAUUGUUUCUUAUUUGCAAAGGACUUUCUUGUCUGAUUUUAAAACGAUAUAACUUGAUUUAUAUGUUCAUGGGAUGUUCGUGUGAUAUUUUUGGUUUUCGAUCACAAUCGACAGGUCCAAUGUGUUUGUUAAGAUUCUUAGAGAUAAAUGCAUUAGUAAGACGAAUUGAACAAGCGUGUGGAAUUUGCCAGAAAUAUGUUUUAGUUGAAUUGGAAGUUAAAAACGUAACGGAUUCUGUGUCGAGGAAAUUUAUCCAAAGAACGGAAUCGCAAGAAGAACUACUCUAUGAUCGAGAGAUGGCUGAAAAAGAAGGACAAAAACGAAGAUUUAAGGAAAAAUUGAAAUUCAUUGAAAGUGAAAUACGAAAAGAAUCAAAGAGAAUAAAACAAUUUAAAGAUGAAAAACAAAGUCCGAGGAAGAAGAAGGGUAGCAAAGUUUCAGUUAAAUCACCUCAACAACUAUCGAUCUCUGAUACAUCUGAUUUCAUAGAAACAGCAGAAGAAGGUCAACUUUAUGAUGAAUCUGAUAAGAGCAUUGAGUUUAAACAUAAGCCACGUGAAGAUUCAAGCGUCAAAUUGAGCCAAGCUCAAUUACAUCAAAAAAUGCUUCCAUUAUUAGGAUAUCAACUAAAAGAUUCAGAUUGUCUAUUCAAGAUUCAAGGAUCAACCGCACUAGAAAAUCGCCUUGAAGACGCACCAAAUAAAAUAAAAACUUGUUUAUUUGCCAGUGCUAUUGCUAUUUUAUAUGCCAUCUUACGUCCCCUUAAUAAUUGGGAUGCUUCUAGAAUUGAUAAAGUUAUAAAUGUUGCAAAUAAUAUUGCUAAUACAACUUCAAAUAUGGAUUCAAGUACUGAGCGAACUAUCAAAAAUAUUGAUGUUGAUGAGUUUGAAUUUGAAAUUAAUGUCUAUCAUUUUAUCCCCCAAGGAGCAUUUGGCGGUAACUUAGAAUACAUUAUCAAGAAGGCAGUUCAGUCUCAACGAUAUAUUUUGUUGCAAAUUUCAAAUUCAACUUUUACAAUUUACCAUGAUAAAUACUUUCAUCUUUUUGAUCCUUAUCGUUCUAUGGAGAUUGGACCAGACGCAGAAGAGGGUACAUCUGAACAAGAAGAAACACCUCGAUGUCCCCAAGACAUAACCAAAAAACCUGAACAGAAUAAUGCUUCAUGGAUUCUUUUCGGCGAUCUCACCUCGAUGUUGGAUUAUAUCAAUAAGAGAGCAUUAAACGAAGACUGGAAGACAGAUUAUAAACUUCAUGCCGUCAGUAUUGUGUCUCAUAAGAUAGCUCCAAAGAGAAAGCAACUUCUCAAUAUGCUGACAGAUGAAUUCGAUAUUUGUAAGACUACAUUCCAAAGUGACAAUCUUUGUACACAUCCUGAAGAAAUCGAAUGGCUAGAUAAUUAUCCAAAUUUGGUAAUUUGGAGUCGUCUCAAUCGAUCAAACGCUGUCAAGCAGAUCCGCGGCGCACCUUUGACCAAAGAUAAGAAUUUUGACAUUGAAAUCCCGAAAAAGUUGUUCUCACUUUGGGGUUCUAUUCAUCCGUUGUCUUCAGUGUUUGGAGAAUCUCGAAACAAGCAACAUCUUGCUAUCAAUGUAGUUGCAUGUUAUGUUGCCAUCUUGUAUCGUGUCAACGAUUGGAAUACACAAAUCAUAGAUUCUAUCGUUAUUAAUGGUAAUGACUAUUACAAUGAGAGUGUUUCGUCAAUUACUCGAAAAGAUUAUGAAAUUUCAUUGGAACACUUGAAUACCGUCUUUCAAAAUGGUUAUAUCAAUUUAAAUGUUCAUCUGGAGAGCGUCGUGUAUGGUUAUCUUUAUGCAAAAGGAAGAAAUGAGCUUAACCUUGCAGCUGCACUUGGAUACUUUUUCACAUACAAUCAAUAUGGAAUUGUUCAGUGCAUGAAGCGGAGCUUGGCAAUUGGAAAAAUCGAAUCAGGAUAUUUUAUGUUCGAGUGCCAGAGUCAUGGACAUCCACUUUUUCCCGCAGGAGAAGGAGCAGCUUAUGUAUUGCGAACAACUCAGUUACAAGUUUUGUUGUACUGCAUUGUAAUGACUUUGAAUAAUUCUUUUUACAAUAGUCAGUUUACAAUACACAAGGUAGAAAUUAUCAGUGAUAAGGGUGAAGAUCAGCAAGAGAAUGAAGGCGAAGAGGAAUAAAAUUAUUUGUAUCUUUAAUAAAUUUCGAAAAAUUAUUGUUUGAA